CACAUCAUUAUGCAAAUGAUGAUGAUAAUAUUUGUAAAACUACACCUAAAAUUGGGUAAUAAACACAAUUCCUAAGAUUUAGGCAAUUGAAAGAACACCCAAUUGUAAACAUCAAAACCAUAAACAACCAUUAAUUCUUGUAAAAAGUUAGAAAUUUAUAUAUACACAACAUUUCUCCCACUUGCAUUCUUUUGAACAUUUCAACAACAAAUAAAGCUUUCAUCCCCCACAACACCAUUUCAAUCCAUACAACCCCAAUCCAUUUCCCUUACAAAAAAAAAUCUUCUUCAACCAUAAUCAAAACAUCAUGAAUCUUGAUCAAACCCCCUAAACACAAACAAAUUUUCCAAAAAAAAUUGUAAAAAAUAUACCAGAUUAUCUGUAGCAAUUCUUUAACCUACCCACGAAAUCGAAAAACAUUUGCUAGCUAUUGACCGUGUUAUUCCUACAAGAAAAACCGGAUCAAUGGCGGCUAUAAACCCAGAACAACUCAAACAACUAAGACACAUAUUCGACCGAUUCGACAUGGACUCAGACGGGAGCCUAACCCAACUCGAACUCGCGGCGUUAUUAAGAUCCCUUGGUGUGAAACAUACAGGGGAUCAAAUUUACACAUUAUUGACAACCAUGGAUUCAAAUGGUAAUGGGUAUAUUGAAUUUGAUGAAUUAGCAAGGGCAUUAUUACCUGAGCUUAAUCAUCAUGAUAUUCUUGUGAAUCAAGAUCAAUUGUUAGAGGUUUUUCGAUCGUUUGAUCGUGAUGGUAAUGGGUACAUAACAGCAGCGGAGUUAGCAGGAUCAAUGGCGAAAAUGGGGCAUCCAUUAACAUACAAAGAAUUAGCUGAAAUGAUGAGGGAAGCAGAUACAAAUGGAGAUGGUGUCAUUAGUUUUAACGAGUUUGCUUCAAUUAUGGGUAGAUCUGCUGCUGAAUUGUUUGGGUUGAAUAACUCUAAUACUGUUUCGUUAUAGUUUAGGGAUUUGGGGAGGAAGGAAAAGAUCAAUUCUAAGGGUUUUUAUCAUGGGUGUUGUACAUUUUCCUUUGAAAUUUGCUAUUUUUUUCAAUUUUUAUGGGUUGUGCUUGUGGAUAAUGCAAUGGAAAUGAUUGAAAAUUA